AAAUGGAGUGUAUUAUCGGAGACCAUUAAGCGAAAAUUUUUGGUUAUUGUGCUCGAGGUGAUUGAAGCUGACAAUGUUAAGGUCAAAUAUGAUGAGAUUACGGAUUGGUUACUAAGGUUGAACACGAUGUGA